AUGCCUCGCGCCGCCAAGAGACGACGGGGAGAGGUCGACUGCCGCGGCUGUGGCUGUGGCCAGCUCAAUUGCAGUUGUUGCUGGCCUCCUGAGCUCGACGACGAGCUGGGGUACGACGUCCAGGGCCUCACUGUCAAGGGCCUCCGCCGAAGUGCCGCCGCCAUAUUCAACCGGCUGCGCCGACGAGAUCAACACCCCCAGCCGCUGCGCCAGCCGCUGCGCCCCAACUAG